CGCCUGCUCCUUUGGGACUCAGCCGUUUCAGAAGCGGAGAGAUCUUUCAACUCUCUGGUAGAACCACCAGAAGGAAUCUCACUUUCUGGCAUCUUCUGUAGGAUCAUCUCACCUGGAGUUUGCAAAACCCUGCUUCCAGUGAGUUACAGGUCUGCUUCACAGUGGUCUCCAUCAGGACUGCCAGGCCUUCUCCAGUCAAGUGUUCUUCCCAUCAUGAUCAACAACAUGCAUGGCAGAGGGAAAGGGUCCCUCCUACUGCUGUUCCUCAUGUCAAGCCAGCUCCUUUGGAAGAAUGAGGCUGUCCAGACUGACUGUCCCAAGGAUUCCACAUGCUGGGUGUUACGCAGACGCCUGAUUGAUAGGGCGAUCAUCCUCUCUAUGUUUAUGCCUCAGUUUUCUCAACAACUGUUGCAGACUUUUGAAAAAAAGUAUUCGCGAGGCCCAUUCUUCUUUUUGCCAGCCAGGAGCAAGUGCCACACACUUCCCAUUACCUUUCCAGCUGAGCAUGAGCAGGCUCUGAUGAUGCAGCCAAAAGAUACUGUCAAGAUGCUGAUCAGGUUGCUGCAGUCCUGGAAUGACCCCCUGUUCCACCUGCACCAUGAAGCACAUUCGCUACCAGAAUUCCGUGAUGCUCUCAGGAACAAAAUAAUCAUUAUAGCUGAAAAAGUCAAUCAACUUCAAGAAUACCUGAAGAAGUUAGCCAGUAAGAUUGAUCCUGAAAUCACAGCCAAUGUGGACCAUGCCAUCUCCUCAGAACUUCUUUUCCUACAAUCAACUAAAGAAGAAUAUCGCCUUUUUGCUUUUCAUAAACUGCUCCGCUGCCUGAACACAGAUUUACAUAAGAUUCACAAUUAUUUCAUGUCCCUGAAGUGUCAAGUCAUCUCUAAUGACAACUGCUAAGCUUAUAUACAUUCCCUCUCUUUCUGAAAUGGAUAUUAUGAGCCAUCCCUUGGGAAGGUUCUCUUACAUUCACUACUUUUUAAUGCAUGCUGGGGCUUCCUAUCUCUACUUUUAAAAUAACAUGUGACUCUUAUCUAUGUGAAACUCUUAAAUUUUCAAAAUCUUUUUUUCAUUUAAUGGAAAACCAAGUGAUUAUCUGUGGCAUCAUGGAGAAAUUCAUAUCAAAAUUUGUCACAGAUGACAGAAAGCUGUGCACUUCAAACAGCUAAAAAUUUACUUUGAAAUCCUAAUGAAUUAAUGUGGGUCAAGUUAUGAGAAUCUUAGAGUUAGAUUACUGUUAAUCAUUCUACUCAUGGUAUAUAAAAGAAUAAAUUCUCAGAACACUUUAUGAAAUCUAGCAUGUUCUCUGAGCCUACAUUCACAAUGUUUUGACAGACAGUACCAGUUCCAUUGUAACUACGAUGCUCCUACAUAGCAUGAGAUUUAGUGAAAUGUCUAAAAACUGUCAUGAUACAAGUAAUAUAUAGCUUUGGAUUUGUCUAA